CUUCCGGACUCUCAACGUUUAACCUCCGCAGCUGCGCCGUAGGGUUCAGCUGAGUAUUCGGACCAAAUAGCGGCUCAAAGCUUCACAAGAAGACAAACAGUGAAGCCGAGAAAAAAAAGAAAUACGUGAGAAAUACUCAAAGUAAACUGGACAGCCGUUAGCCUCCACUUCCAGCCAAGCCCCAGCGCCUGCCGCACGAUGAGUGUCGGCGCUCCGCGAGGCCUGGCCAGCUCGGGGCAGAAGCACAUCGCAGAGAUUCUUCACCCGCUGUCCGCCGCCGAGGAGCCGCUCUCCCCGGGGCCAGAUGUCAGCGUCACCGCUGGGGGCGACAAGGAGGCAGGGCUGUCCAAUGGCACGCCGGUGGACACGCCGAGUCCCGCCUCUGCAUCCUCGCUGUUCAACAGGCUGCAGCUGGACGACGACCUCGAGUCCGACCCGCGGGACUACUACGCCGCCACCGAAACCCGUGACCUGUUUGUCACGGUGGAUGACCCAAAGAAGCACGUCUCUACCAUGGAGACCUACAUCACCUACAGAGUGUCCACCAAGACGACACGGAUCGAGUUCGACCUGCCCGAUUAUUGCGUGCGGCGCCGCUAUCAAGACUUCGACUGGCUGAAGAUCAAGCUGGAGGACAGCCAGCCCACCCACCUCAUCCCCCCUUUGCCGGAGAAGUUUGUGAUGAAGGGCGUGGUGGAUCGUUUUUCGGAAGACUUUGUGGAAACACGCAUGAAAGCGCUGGAUAAGUUCCUCAAGCGGGUUGCCGACCACCCGGUCCUCUCCUUCAACCCGCAUCUUAACGCUUUCUUGUCUGCCAAGGACCUAAACAAGCGUCAAGGUCUGGCGCUGCUCACCAAAGUGGGCGAGUCGGUGAAGCAGGUGGCCGGAGGCUACAAGCUGCGGGCGCGGCCACCCGAGUUCUGUGCCAUGGGAGAGUACCUGGACACCUUCAGCCAGAAACUGGGCACCAUCGACCGCAUUGCUCAGAGGAUCAUCAAAGAGCAGUCAGAGUAUCUGGCCGAGCUACGCGAGUACGGCACCGUGUACUCCAGCUGGGCGGGCUCGGAAGAGGAGCUGCGGCGCCCGCUGGAGGGCGCGGCGAGUUCCGUGACGACGUCCUGCGGGGCGAUGGAUGACCUUAGUGAGAACAUGAGCCAGGACUUCCUGCCUGUGCUAAGAGAGUACGUCCUCUACAUCGAGUCCAUGAAGAAUGUUUUGAAGAAACGCGACCAGAGCCAGGCGGAGUACGAGGGACGACUAGAAGCGGCCGUACAGCGCAAACAAGAAGACAGAACACCGAUGCCGGCUGAGGUGGAGCGGUGCCAGGACAAAAUGGAGUGUUUCAAUGCCGACUUGAAGGCCGACUGGGAGCGCUGGCAGAGCAACAAGCGACAGGAUUUCAAGCAGCUUCUGAGCGGCAUCGCUGAUAAAAACAUCAACUACUAUGAGAAGUGCCAAGCAGCGUGGGAGUCGCUCAUAACGAUCCUGCAGGACAAACAGACUGAGGACCAAACGAGUGAGACGGACUGAAGCAUCGUGUCAUGCUGGCCCGUUCGAUAUCGUCUCACAUUUCUUUGUCACGCCAAGAAGGACCGAGGACCGGCACACUGCAGGAUUUUUUUUUCUCUCCGAUUCCUGAGAUUCCCGUUUCAAGAUUGGAGGCAAUGAAGAGGCAGUACAGUACAGUGCAGUGCAGUGCAGUGACCACUGGGCAAGCAGCGACUUGCUAUGUACAGACAUUCUUUUUUAUGUUGUUGCUCUUUUCCCUUUUUCUACUUCAUCUCACCUGCUAACAGUUGCCAAUGCUGCUUGUUUAACCGCAAGCUAAGGAGGUGUGUUGCAGUCUUUUUCCUACUUUCAGUUUGACAUAAAGGGUACUAUACUUUUACAACCUGAUGAAACUAAAUCAAAUUCCCCCCCCCCCAAUGCCAUUGCUAUAGAUUGUUAUCCAAAGGUUAAAACGUGUUUUUUCCCCCCCUUCCAGUUAUGUCCGAUUACUUAAGAAAUCCAUUUGCAGACACCUGAAACCAGCCUCUGUGUUUCACAACACGGCCUUGGAGAUUCUACGGCAGCUUUGUGUAACAACCUCACCAUCUGAUCCCCAUUUGCUCCGCUUCCUUCAGUUACACAGGACAGCGAGCAGCUUUUAGCAAUGACGACCCCCCCCCACCGGCUAAGGUGUUUUGAGUGGAAUGCCGAGCUCCAUCAGGGGAGCGAUCGAUCUCACUCUUCGAUUGGUUUGAGACUAAAUUACUCUUGCUAAUUAGAAAAUCUCGUCCAGUUUGUCACGUCAGCUGUUGCCCCAGGGAAAGGAACCCGAUAGCUUAAAUCAGUGUAAAUGUAAAACAGCAGUGGAUGUUUACAUCACUGUCAUGCAAGUUCUAUCGUCGAUUGGAUGAAAUGGUGACAUCUAGCGGCAAAGAACGGAUUAGCCAUUUUGUCUUGCCAAUGCAUCUCAGUUGCCUCUUGCGGUUUCUUGCUUUUUGUUGUGGAGUUUGCAGUGGUGAAAAACCUUUUUAAAUGAAGUGCAAAUUAUUAGAAAUAUUUCUCCGUUGAGUUCUAAACAACAAGUUAAAGAACAUAAACUAGAAACAGAGAGAGAGAGAGAGCUCCCAUGCAUUACCAAUUCCAUCAGCAUUUCUGUUUUUGUUUUUUCAGUCAUGUUUAUGCUGGUGGUAAAAGUGGCUUGACAUAUUUCAUCAUCGCACAAAUAAGCACAGAAAGUAUAAGAAAAUGGUCAUUUCAGUAUUGUAGUAAUUGGAUUUAAAGGUACAACUCAGGGAUAAUAAGCCUGACCCCCAGAUGGCUUUUAUUCUAAGAAAUGAUCGAACUAAUUAAGAGCAUACAGCAGAGGUACACAAAGGUUGACCUUAUAUUUCAAUACAGUUAAAUAAAUGCAACAUUGUUAUUUUCACAAAAGAGCUGAUAAAAAAACUGCUUUGUUUACUUUCUGCGUUUUGUUGAAUUUAUCUCAAAGUUUGUGUUUACAAGUCAGGUCUGUCGGUCUAUUUAUUGUCAAAAUGUUUAAGACGGGAUGAGACAUUUGCAAUAACAAUAAUAAGCUAGUCAAUUUACAAAAGGAUGUUUUUUUUGUGCUUGUACUGAGCCAUCGUGAAGCUCCACAGAAUAAUUUGCCUGCUGAUUGACUGCCGCACUAUUCAAAACCCCGCCCCCUUCUUCUGACUCCUCCCCUUGAAGACAUGGCAACUUUUUGUGUUAUUUAUUUUUUUUUUUUUUUUUGAAUCCACAAAUGUGGACAGGAUGAUAGCUAAUUCAUAUAAAACUGUAAGAGUUUUGUUUAAAUGUAAAAAAUAAGCCCAUCAUUACAAUCACAAGAGAAAUACGAUCAAUCUAACUUAUUGAAGAAAGGUUAAGUAUUAAUACCUUCAGUUCUUUUGUUUGCCAGUUUUUACAUAUUGUACACUUGAACAUAUAUAAAGCUUGUAUAUUGAUGUUGUUUUGAUGCAAAUAUCCUUACCUCAAAUUAUUUUUGGGAUAUAUUGGACCAAUAAUAAAAUUAAUUGAUUUGAUAGUCAUCUGCACAUCUUUUUAAAAUAUAUAUUCAGGCUGUGAAAUUAUUAUUUUGUAAAAAUCCAUUUUUACUGGGUAAGGUAAAUGACUGGACACAAUUAUAUACAUAUACAUUUGAAAGUAUUAACAGCAGCUAAAAGAUAGCACACAUCUGAAAAUCUAUUGGACGAACACGAGUAGCCGAGCAUUUCAAUCACAUUGAAUCAUAACCAUGUUACUCUGACCAAUAAGGAACUGUGUUAAAAGACAUGUAAUUUAAGUGGAAGUCACAUGUUUUGAGUGAAUUUCUAGCAAAUUGUACUUCCACAUUAAGAGUUACGCAAUGCCCUUGAAUGCAUCAUCCUGUGAGCAG